AUGGAUAGUAGAGCGCCCGACUCUGAUACUUUCUCUACUUUCACUUACGAUGAUGCUGACGUCGAAGCCCUCAGUAUGACCAGGCUCGAACGCGCUAUAUUCGAAUAUUUUGGCGAGAGGUGCACAUUGUCCAAGCUUGGAGAAGGGGGAUAUCAUAAGGUACCUUAUUACUACCUCCAUAUACCCACAUCAGCUCUAAUCAGGACGGUUAAGUUUUACAAUAUAGUUACCCCCGCAGAUUUCAAAAUUCCCGAUGUCUUCGUUAGAGUGGCGUCUUCCGCUUUCCCCAAAGAUAAGAUGCUUUCUGAGGUUGCUACCUUAAGGUAUAUUUCUGCUUAUACAUCUAUCCCAGUUCCUCGAGUCUACGCGUGGAAUACCAAUACAUCCAAUCCCGUCGGAGCAGAUUAUAUGAUAAUGGAAAAGUUUUUCUACGCGAUAGAUACCAGGAAUCGCUCCAUACGGCAGCAAGUGGAAAUCUCUGCCGCUAAAUAUCAAGCUGAAGGUUGUAACGCAGGAGCUGAGCACUUGGCCGCUCUGUUUUCCCUGCGAUUCCAACAAGCUGGCUCUUUUUACCCCUUGGAAGAUGAGGACUCAAAAAAAGCCAAGGUCGGGCCGAUCGUAUCGCUACCGUUCUACCGCAUGCUCGAUGGCUUACGAGGCUCUUUCACCUCUGCAUCUGAAUAUCUUGCGACUCCUCUUCAUGUCAAAUUGAUUGAAGCGGAUCGUCUUCGUCAAGAUGUCUUGCUCGAUAUUUCUGGAGAGGACCCCGUCAGCAAGCUUGAAUAUGCAAAAAGAGUACUGCGGCAAGCCGUUGGACUCUGUCAAUAUUGUCCUGGAGAUGCAACAAUUCCAACCACCAUUAGCACGCCGGAUCGACCCUUUUCCUUUUUAUUGGACGACUUUCGACUGGUCAACAUAUUGAUAGACGAAGAGAACGGCCAGAUCAAUGGAUAUAUUGACUCAGAAGGAACUACCAUUGCGCCACUAUGGCAAGUGGCAACAGCUCCACAGUGGAUUCCUGAUCCUAAUGGCGACACGGCCAACUGGUACGGCGGAACGCCAGAGGACCAAAGGGCGUUAUGGUCGGCAUUUCAUCAGACCAUGGACGAGCACGACACGACAGGGGAUUGGAGAAAAGCAUACGAACUUGGUGAACCUUAUCGGGAAUUCGCGGGUCGCUUGGAUCUUGGGUUUCAGCAAUGGGAUGAGAGAAUGGAGAGUUGGCUUGCGAGACGCCUCGAAUGGGCAGAGAAGCAUCCUGGAGUUGGCAUCCCUGGAGGAGUACUCAUCGAGACACCCAAUAAAAUGACAGGAGAGUAG